AUUUGCGGCAUGCCAGAAUAAUGUUAACGAGGACCCGGUCGUAAGUAUUGUUCCUCGGCCUGGAUAUUGCUUCCUAGAGGAACGGUGAAAUCACAUACAAACAAAGGACCCUCGAUGCGUCAAAAAGGCGUUGCCUUCCCGUGGAGAAAGAUGGCCACCCAACAGCGCCGUCCGCCAGCACCGCCGUCGCCCGCGCACCUAAGCCCGGACAGCGAAACAGUGGACGAGGAGAUAAUACCCAACAGAAGACAGCCAGGCCUCAUGAUUCCCGACCUCUUCACCCAGCUCCCGCCCGUCCGGGACGUACUGGUCACCGAGACCUCCCAGGUCCAGGACGAGACGGUCGAGCUCUGCUUGCCGUUGCUGAGUGGGGAGAGCGAAGAGCUUCAGUACAACGAGCACGGGGUGCCGCCGCUGGACCGGGAGAGGCAUGUUAAGUUUCUGCAUCAGUGUCUGGGUCAGCUGCCCGGCCGCUUUGUCGCCGCCGACGCCAGCCGCCCAUGGUUCCUGUACUGGUGCCUGUCGGCACUCACCAUGCUCGGGGAGGACGUGACGCCCUACCGCCAGUCGCUCGCAGCGACUGCGCGCUCGAUGCAGAACGACACGGGAGGUUUCGGCGGCGGCGGCAGGCAGCUCUCGCACAUGGCUACCACCUACGCCGUGGUCCUGUCGCUUGCCCUGGUGGGGGGCGACGAGACAUAUGAGGUUGUCGAUCGCAAGGCCAUGUGGAGGUGGCUCUGCAGUCUUAAGCAACCAGACGGCGGGUUCCAAGUUUGUCUCGGGGGCGAGGAAGACAUCAGAGGUGCUUAUUGCGCAGCUGUCAUCAUCUCGCUAUUGCGUCUUCCGCUGGAGCUGGCGCCAGAGUCUCUUGCAUAUACGGGAGACGGCAGCGUGAACCUUCUGACUGGGGUAGGAGACUAUGUACGGCGAUGCCAGACAUUUGAAGGCGGCAUCUCCGGCCAGCCAAACGCCGAAGCCCACGGGGCAUAUGCCUUCUGUGCCCUAGGUUGCCUCGCACUCUUGGACCACCCAGGCCGCAGCAUUUGGAGCUACCUCGACGUUCCACGGCUGAUCGCCUGGCUGUCCUCACGACAGUACGCACCCGAGGGCGGCUUCUCCGGGCGCACUAACAAGCUCGUCGACGGUUGCUACAGCCACUGGGUUGGCGGGUGCUUCCCCCUGAUCGAGGCAUGCCUCAACAGCACCAGCGGCGGUUGUGGGGCCCCGGCCGCAGACGAUCCGGCCAUCGCUGCAGCCAGCAGCAAACGAUUGCCGCCAGCAGACGAGAGCCUGUUCAACCGAGAGGGCCUGAUCCGGUACAUCCUCUGCUGCUGCCAAGAUCAGACCAAACGCGGCGGCCUGCGCGAUAAACCGGGCAAGAUGUCAGACGCCUAUCAUUCGUGCUAUGUCCUCUCGGGGCUAAGCUCCGCCCAGCACCAGUGGGUGCUCGACGAGCCCGAGCCCGAGGCAACCCAACAACAACUGAAAGGGCAAGCCGAAGGCUUGGUCCCCGAGAAGACGGCGGGUGAGGGAACAUUAUCGUCAUCGCCGCUGUCGUCGUUGCCCGGAGGAGAAGCGGUGUGGGCCGUCCUGCCGUAUCUCGACGGCCUGCGGAUCUUUGACAACACGGACCGCGUGCGCCCGAUCCACCCCGUCUACGCCAUCCCGCAGCAGAGUGUGAGGGCCAUGAGGGAGUAUUUUCGGGCGAGGCCGGGGUUUUGAUUUGCUCGGUAUCGAUGUCCAUGACGGGUGACCGUGAGAAGAAGAGUUCGGCUUAGUUCGUUAUUUCUUUCUUACGGUGCCUCCAUCGACACCAUAUAAGUGAGAAAGGAUUGUGUAGCCACCUAAGAGGGGAAGAGGAGAAUUGCAAAGACCUCACAAAAAAGUUCGGCCUGCUAAAACUCCUCGUAGUAUGACUACCUGACUGGCUGUGUCUUGGACGGUCCGAGU